UGUUUUUCCCAAAUCCAAAAUCAAAUGCGAAAAUAUAACCUAAUUGAACACCCAAUACAUUAGGAUGUGAAUUCUUCCUCCAAUUUGACCUACAAAGUAGGGAAAAAGAUGUGUCUUCUGAAUCUAUCUGUAAGUCCUUUCUGGUAGCAUCGAAUUAUUUUCCCUACUAUUUAUUAAAUCGGAGCAUCAUCGUGGUUGAUUGCUGGAUAUAUAUAUAUAUAUAUUGAAUCGGAGUGCUAUUCGUGUUGGAUUUGCUUGAUUUCUUAUGGAAUCGGAGUGUCUCUGAUGGGUUAUAUAGAAUAUUGAGUUUGAAUGCGAGUUGAUUUUGUUAAAUCCUGGAGUAGUUUUUUGUUGAUCGAUCUUUAUAGUCAUUUCGUCGAACACCUGUCGUCCGGGCAUGUAAAUUAGAUGCUGUAGGGUUGCGCUUUUGUCAGGUAUAAUUGUGUCUGGUUCUUCAGUUCGAUGGGGAAGCCCUUAUUUUAUGAAGUUUUGGAAAAACCAGCCACCAGCUGUGUUAUUGCUAUCUGUAGUUUGAUUUGGUUCUAUAUUCAGAAGAAGGGGAUAGGGUAUUCACAUGUCGGAUUGAGCUACGAGACUGCUCUGGAUGGUCACCACUGGAGGAUAAUCACUUCGGCGUUUUCGCAUAUUAGCAUCCUUCAUCUUGUUUUCAACAUGAGUGCACUGUGGAGUCUUGGGGUUAUUGAGCAGUUAGGAUCUAUAGGGCUUGGUGUUGAAUAUUAUCUCCAUUACACUCUAGUGUUGGUCAUUCUGUCCGGGUUGCUAGUCCUGGGGAUGUAUCACUUUCUUAUCCAAAAGUUCAAAAUAGACUACUUUCGGAGAGUGACUGCCGUUGGGUACUCAUGUGUAGUGUUUGGAUGGAUGACGAUAUUAUCUAUGAAACAACCCUCAUCUAAGCUGGAGCUUUUUGGGUUUCUGUCUCUUCCCAUCAGUUUUGCACCGUUUGAAUCCCUUAUAUUUACAUCUAUAAUCGUGCCACAGGCAAGUUUUCUAGGUCAUUUAUCAGGAAUUCUUGUCGGGUAUGCUAUAGCAUGGGGGUUGAUACAUGGGAUGAAUAAUUACUGGGCUAUUUCUAUGUUGGGCUGGAUUGUUCUUGUGUUUAUAUUUAGUUUGAAGAAGUCUGGUGCAUAUAAUUUUGAUUUCCUUGAAGUUGAAUCGGUGACGGAUCCUUCAUUACCUUCUGUUCGCUUCAUGGCUCCGGGAAAUGGCAGAACCUUGCAGAUGAGUACGUUGCCUGAAGUUGGUUCCAAUGUGGUCUUUUGUGAGCACACCGAUGAGUAUAUGUACAAAUUGAUUGGGAUCGAGAGAUGCCUUUACCCAUAAACUUGACGAAAAUGAGGUUAUGAGUGGUUAUAACCUGUUUGGUUCAAAAAUAUUUAUUUAGGGGGGAUUUACCCUAUGAUCAAGAAUCCACUGAGAAUUUUUACACCAUGAAGAAGAGGCAUGUUUGUUUGUAUUGUAGGGCUGCUGGCAUCAUUUAGCGCUCAAGAAUCAAGAUCACACAUCCAUUUUUAUUUUUUUUUGUCUAUGUUAAUAAACUUCAUUCAGGCUUGCUGAUGGCUCAAACUUCAAUUCAGUAAAAAGUAUUCUCAGAAAAUCAAAACUCCAAGUAAACAAACUUUUAUUUUAUACUAUUAGAUUUCUGCAAAAAAAAAAAUUAUAGAAACCUAAUGAAUAUAGAAUUUUUUAAAAAAUUAUUAUUUGAUAUAAUAAUUAUGACAUAAAGAAAAUAUAUUCAAUGUAAUAAUUUUAAAAAAUAUGGGUUUGUUUUUUUUUUUUUAAUACUCCAAAACUUCAAAUUUCUAUAUAAAAAUACCCAUCACAAACCAAAUUUUCGUGGACCCAUCAAAAGAAACAACCCAAUCAAAUCAUUUGCAUAAAAAAUGCCUGUGUAUAUAUAUAUAUAUAAUCGUGAAUUUUGUACUAUUUAUAUUAGUGAAGCGCUAGUCUCCUCCUCCUAUCCGCUCGCAUCGUUGGCUUUCUGUUCAGUUUUGCUCUUUGAGACGGUGAAAACCAUGGCGGCGAUGGCACCGGCAACGCUAUUACAUCGAUUAUUUCACCAGCCUCAGUGAAUAUCAGGUCAUUAGCUCACUGUGGCCCCUCAAAGGCAGGAACGAGACUUGUACUCAAGCCAAUAUCUGCUGUUGGUUCAGGUCUAGAGGCAUCGAUUAGAGAUCCGGUAAAGAACGCAAUAAGCAUUAAAAAUGUGGAGAUUGUCGUGGAGUCCAAAGAUGAUGAUAAGAUGCAAGUUAGAUUCUCUUGACCAAUCUUCUGUUCUCAGUUGUUGUACAUUCCAGCCUGGUUCUUAGUCAUUCUAUGUGAAAACCAAAAGAAUCACACAUCUGCUACAUUAAAGGUACCUAAAAGAGUCACCAGAACAAGGUUGGAAGCUCGAUCCCAUUUCUGUAGUUGUUGAGCUUUGGUGGUAAAGGUCGGUGGUGGUGCAAUAUUCUUGGAGAAGCAGUGCAUAUCAAUUGGCUAUGGGAUUGAGUUAUUGUCUGUGGUUGUAUCGAUUCCCUUGAGAUUGUUUUUUGCCUAUUGAAUCUUUUAUUAGUUUUUUAUAACUUGUGUUGUCUUUAGUCUUUACAACACAAAACUGUUGUUGUUGGUUAAUAGAUCGAUAGGCCUUGUAUGGUCACUGGCAUUGACAUUGUAUUCGCCUUAUUGCACUUACUGCAAAAUUUAAUAAUAUGUCCGUUGGGUGUAGGUUUUCCUCGCCCAAAUA